ACCCAACAUCACCAGCUUCUUGUGUCCCAAACAUCUAUUAAAUCGUUUUAUUCAAACAUCAAGUUUUCGUUGAAAUAGUCAAGUGUUUGGUUAAGACAUAUAUUUGUUUUAACUUUGAAUUUACAUUUAUUUAAAUUUAAUACAACAAUAACAAUGCCAUUCACACCAGUCCCUCAAUCACAAUGUGGUAAAUGCCAAAAGCCUGUCUAUGCGGCUGAAGAAGUGCUCGCAGGAGGUCUUAAAUGGCAUAAAGUGUGCUUCAAAUGCGAUUUGUGUCAUAAACGAUUGGACAGCACCAACAACAAUGAACAUGCCGGUGCCCUUUACUGCAAACAGUGUUACGGCAGAAAAUUUGGUCCCAAAGGCUAUGGAUUUGGUGGCGGUGCCGGUGCUCUUAGUAUGGACAAGGGUGAGCACUUGGGCAACACUACAACCGAGAUGUCAAACAAGCCAACCGGUGUCAACAAUUAAUUACCAUUUCUAAAAAAUGCUUUUAUCUCACAUAACAAAUGUGUUUAUUUAAAAUUAUUUAAUUGUGUCAUUGAAUUUAAAGCAAAUAUUACAAAUAAUAACCAAAUAAAAUCUUUGAUUGACUGUUGAUAUUUAAAUUAUUAAAUCAUUUAUAUUAUACUUUAUAUUAUAA